GUCCCGAUCGCGGGCAGAGCCGCCCCCGGCCGCGGGGCUCCUCCUCCUCCUUUCUCUCGGCGCACCCUCCCUCCGCCCCUCGCUCCGCCGGUGCCCGCAGCCCCCGGCCGGACUCUCCUUUCGCUCCUCCAUCUCUCCUCGGCGCUUCUCUCGCCCUGCCGGGGGCGGGACGGGGCGAUGCGCGGGGCGAGGAGCGGAGCGGCCGCCGGGGCGUAGGGGCUGCUCUGCGGGGCGGGGCCGGGGCUGCCCCGGGCCGGGGGGAGCGGGGUGUCUCCCCCAACCCCCCGUGUGUGACAUGAUCGACUCGCAGUCCGCCGAGAAGAUCAGCAGGAUGAAAAAGUUGCGGAGAACUUUAUCGGAGAGCUUCGGCCGAAUAGCCUUGAAGAAAGAAGACAGCAGCUUUGAUGAGAUAUGUGUCACAAAGAUGUCUACACGGAACUGCCAGGGAAUGGAUUCAGUGAUCAAACCUCUGGAUACAAUUCCUGAGGAUAAAAAAGUCCGGGUUCAGAGGACACAGAGUAGUUUUGAUCCAUUUGAGAAGCCAACUAAUCAAGUAAAGAGGGUUCAUUCGGAGAACAAUGCAUGCAUUAACUUCAAAACUUCAUCUGCAGGGAAGGAAUCACCUAAAGUCAGACGGCACUCGAGCCCCAGUUCUCCCACAAGCCCCAAGUUUGGAAAAGCAGACUCAUAUGAAAAACUGGAAAAACUAGGGGAAGGGUCCUAUGCUACAGUAUACAAAGGCAAAAGCAAGGUAAAUGGAAAGCUGGUGGCAUUGAAAGUAAUUAGAUUACAAGAAGAGGAAGGAACCCCAUUUACUGCUAUCAGGGAAGCUUCUCUUUUGAAAGGACUGAAACAUGCUAACAUUGUGCUGCUUCAUGACAUCAUUCACACCAAGGAGACCCUGACACUCGUGUUUGAAUAUGUGCACACUGAUUUAUGUCAGUACAUGGACAAACACCCUGGAGGGCUUAAUCCAGAAAAUGUGAAGUUAUUUUUAUUUCAGUUGCUGCGAGGACUGUCUUACAUCCACCAGCGUUACAUUUUGCACAGGGACCUGAAACCACAGAAUCUUCUGAUCAGUGACACGGGGGAGUUAAAGCUGGCAGACUUUGGUCUUGCAAGAGCCAAAUCAGUUCCUAGCCAUACAUAUUCCAAUGAAGUCGUAACCCUAUGGUACAGGCCUCCAGAUGUCCUUCUGGGAUCAACAGAAUAUUCCACCUGCCUUGACAUGUGGGGAGUGGGUUGUAUCUUUGUAGAAAUGAUUCAAGGGGUCGCUGCUUUUCCAGGAAUGAAAGACAUUCAAGAUCAACUUGAAAGGAUAUUUCUGGUACUUGGAACACCAAAUGAAGAUACAUGGCCUGGAGUCCACUCUUUACCCCAUUUCAAACCAGAACGGUUUACACAGUACAGUCCUAAAAAUCUUAGACAAGCAUGGAAUAAGCUGAGCUAUGUGAAUCAUGCAGAAGAUCUAGCCUCCGAACUACUCCAGUGUUUCCCAAAGAACAGAUUGUCAGCACAGGCAGCCCUGAGCCAUGAGUAUUUCAGUGAUCUACCCCCACGGCUAUGGGAGUUAACUGAUAUGUCUUCUAUUUUUACUGUUCAAAAUGUAAGAUUACAGCCAGAGACUGGAGAAAGCAUGAGAGUCUUCGGAAAAAACAAUAGUUAUGGCAAAGGUGUAUCAAACAGCAAACAUUGAAGAAUACCUAUAUUCACAACAGAUAAUGCAGGAUUCAAUUUACCACGUUGGAGGAGGGAACAAAAAGCCUAAUGAGGAGGCCGACACCAGGAAGGAACCACGGCCUAUUUCCUUUAUUUCUCUAUGCUGGAUUUCAUUCAAAAGAAAAUUGAAGCUGGCAAGACCCUGUUUUCUCCCUGCAAUUUAUUUAAAACCUUGCACGCAUUUGGAUACCUUGUGAUUUCAGAGACCUAUGUGAAGAUUAAGCUUUUGCUUACUGAUACAUGGCAUGUACUCUUUCAGUCUUUUGUGUUUGAUUUUGUUUGAUUUUCCACUGCAGCUCUGCAUCUUUGUAAGGAUUUUUAUGCUUUCACCAGCAAUGUCUUAAAUACAUUAAGGCAACACAUUUGGUGUUCACAUUUCUUUAGUAACGACUGUACGAAAAGAGCCAACAGUGGCAUAAAGGACUGUGUGUUUCCUUUGAGAGUUGUGCAUAUUUUGCAACCAAUGGGAAGACUAUUUCUGCCAGAGCAAGCCCAACUUGUCUGUUCAGCUGACAAUUACAGCACCUUGCCACUAUUCCUGAAGUGUUGUUGGGUUUUCUUUUUUCAUUAUCUUCUCAGACCAUUCAUAUCCAUUUUAAAAACAUGGCAAUAAUUGCAUGUUUACUUCAGUACUCUGAAUUUGGUUACUCCGCUUAGGCUACGUAGCAUGCCAGUUUUCAAAAUAGGCCUGUGAGAAAGACAAAGUGAAAAUGAUGAGAUGUACACAGCUGACAGAUGUACAAUGAAUUCUUUAUGGUUUUCUUCCCUUUAAGAAUAUUUCUUUCUUUUAUGGGUCUUGGCUAACAUCUCUUAUGUUUUUCCUGACGCUAUUUACCUUGUGGAGUGUUUUCUUGAGAACAGAGGUUUUACCUUGUGGAAUGUUUUCUUGAGAACAGAGAUGAUGCAACAGUUCUGUUUAAUUCAAGGCAGAUACUAAAGUACAGAAAAACUUUGUUUGAAUGAGCCAUUAAAUCUCGCUGUGUUACUUUGCUGCUUACAAAGCAAAGCAGAGAAUUUUCCUUAUCCCAAACUGUUUGCUGUUCCACACCAAAGCACUUUUAUUUUCCAUAGGUAUUCUGAGCUGAUCGGAAGGCGCUACCAGAUACUGUGCCGAUAGAUAGCUUUUCGGAAUGAAUCAUUCAAAUGAAAACUUUGCAAAAAACCAAAAUUGUGUGAUUUUAGAAGAUGAAGCCUGUGCUCUGUUCUGUUUAGGGAGAACAUUGUGUUCAGGGGUGUGAUAGAACUGCCCUGACCACAUGCAAUGCUUUACGUUCAGAGGGCAGGGUAUGGUGCAUAACCCACUGUUGAGUUAUAGUCCUGCUUGGACAGAAACACUUGCUGGGCAAUAUUAUUCUACACAUAAAUUUGACAUCCUUUACUUGCUGGAUGCAUUGAAUUACAUUUUUAAGAAGUGUGGUAACACUUGGUUAGCUUUCAGUGUUUAAAAAGAGGGGGAAAGGAAUUGUGCUACUGCCGUCUUAUUAAACUCCAGCAGUGUUUAAUAAGAAAAAAAACACCCAAUAAGGCAAAUCCUUGAAUGCGCAAGUAGCUAUGAAAGGCCUCUUAAUGAUCUAGGAUACAAGUCUACACUUUGAAAGAGCUGAACCAUGGAAAUAUUCUCAAUAUUUGCACAGCCAUUAAAAGACAAUUUUCCCCACUGACAUCUCCAUUUCAGGAUCUGGUAAAAGCCAUCUGAAAGCCACUUUCAGUCACAAUCCUAUUUAGAACUUAAUACAGUUUCCCCUCUGUGUUUAUGAGGGGAGAAAGGUGACCACUGAACUCUAGAAUUUAUCACACACUGACACUGCCUUAGACGUGGUUUGUUUGGGUUUCACGUUUGGUUUUUUUGUAAGAGAAAAGUCUUUUAUAGAUUAACUUUGCUACUUAAAUCAUGUGCAGUUUGAUGAUUAAAAUUAGCUAUUUUUAGAAAAAAAACUUGCUGCAAAAAAUUGAAGAAUUUUUGAAAAUGUAACAAAGAUUUCAAUUAGGUAGUUUCAUAGACACAUCUACUUGGCAGCUUAAAUUGGGAGGCAAGCAAUUAUGCUGCUCAACUGAACAUCUGAAGGUUUAAUAUAGAGAGUAAUUCCCCAACUGUUCCCACAAGCCUAGCACAUUACUAUCCAUAGUGACUCAUGUACAGUGUUUGCUUAAGGUAUGUAUGUGUAGGUGUAUGUGUGUGUACACACACGUGCGCGUGAGAUUGUCUUCUCUGCCCCAUUCCCACUUUUAAGCAACCACUGAAAUAAAGCUGGUCCAAAAAUCUCCAAACUUAAUUGCCUGAAGGAAAGUGCAUAAAUAUCCAGGUUCCUAAAUAGUAACUUGAUUUUCAACAGUAGUGAGGUUAUCUCUGCUAAUGAUCAAUUAAUGAGUGACCAAGACCUCUAACCUAUGCACCUACUUCCCUGGUCCCUUGUUUGCCCACUCUUUUUCUCUCAUCCUUCCCAAAUCAGUUUCCCACUGGGACAAGAAGGGACAAGAAGCAGUCUGGCCUUACAGGAUUGCUGCAAGGUGCCAGGAACAUGGUGUUUCGUGCCGUAAAUAGUGAAAAACGGUCUUAAGUGACCAGUAGUCUCUGGGGCACAGUCCUUGAGAAACAGUGGGACUUGCUUAGAGUCAAUAGCCAACAGCAGCGUAACUCUCAUUUUCCUACCACUUGGCUGAGCCCCAGUAGAUCCUUGUUGAUGAUACUGAGAGGAUGUGGCUUUGCUGUGAGAAGAGAGAGCAGCCACAGGGCAGCAGGUGUAGUAGCCAGAUAAAAGUGGGAAGGUAUGUUCCAACUCCAUAUGAGAUCUAAUAUUAAGUGAACGAGGAAGGGAAGGUGGUGAUAGAGGUGGUCUGCAUGAUACAGAGAUCCCUUACAAGUUCAAGUUCACAGAACCCGACUUUACUACGAGUCAACCAGCUGGAGAUGGCUUAGUCCUCUCUCCUGCUGGGUUCAGAUCCACUCUAAUCCACACCUAGCAGGCACCACACCAGUCAGGACACUCCAAUAGCACUGACAUUACAUUACUGUAUGGUGUCCCAGAUCGGUUUGGUCCUUUUAAUUCUCACUGUUGUUUUUAAUCAGAACCAUGGUUUAGGACAAGUUGUCAAUUCCAUCUGCAGUAGACAGAGGCACUGGGGUUUUUGCUUUCUCUUUGGUAUGCAGGCGUUCUGCACUUCAGACUCCUGAGGAAAGAAGGUAAGAUAGCAAAUUCCCUGUGGGUCAGUGGGUGAUGUGCACCCCUGUGUGCUCUGUGUCAGUGCAUGCAACCAAAUGUGUAGUCAAUGCUCUGGUAUGCUCAUACUCAAAAUAUUCAUCUGUGAAUAUUCUUGGGUUUGUAACCUUUGUUAUAUAAAACAUUCAGGCUGUACAGGCUGGGGAGCAAAAUGCAGACAUCCCAUGGAAACAGAAUUACGUUGCAUUACUGAGCAUAACAAUACUCUCCCCUACCAGCACUUAGAAGGAGUGACUGUGUGUCACUGCCUUGCAUUUUUCACAUAAGCAAAAAAUCUAAAAGUAAAGGAUGCACUAAUAAUUCCUAUUCCCCAAAAUGCAUUUCAGUGGUGAUGCAUACAAAAUCCCUGCUUGUCAGCUUCCACAUGGAUUUUUGUAUGGUUCACUGAGAGGUGUGCUUUUUCUAACAAAUAAAAAGGGGAGCGCUGGUACAUGAAAACAAUGUUAAUGUAAUUAAAUAUAAAUAUAUAUAUACUUCAGAAUAACAGCAUAGUAAGCAGUACCGUACAAUAAAUGUUGCAUUAUUUGUUACGCCUUGUAAUUUGUCUGUAUUAUGAAAGAUGUAAUGGUUUGUCAGCUGUAACUGUUGUUUUCUUGUAACAUCAUAUUGAAUAAAGUGUAGCAGAAUCUCU